AUGAUUUACUCUUUGCUCAGAUUCAAGUUCUACUUUCUACUCUAUCCUUUGGAGCUGAGCAUGGCAAAUACUAAAGAGGGCAAUGCCAGUGUUGGCGAUUCAAUAGCCAAGGCUAAAUCUGGCUUGGGAAAAUGUGGGCAGAACAAGAUCUCGGGUUUCGAGGUGGCUUCAUACUACAAUUGGCUUGACGAGAAGAAUCCAACAAUGCUGGUGCCAGUUCAAUAUCCGUAUUCUUCAGGCGUACCCCCAAUGUGGAGUCCACCAGCCACUGCUCCAGCUCUGAAGCCAGACUUUGGUCCUCGGUACAUCGACCAGAAUACGGACCGGAACCCGAGCUCGCCUUUGAAUCCUUUCGUUCUGGCUGUUCAGACUAAUCAGCCGGACUUCGACUUCGCGGCCGUCGACGUGGUUAGUGAUCAAGUCGACGCCUACCUGCAGGAACGUGUGAAGGGGCCAGACUCUCCGAAAAAGGCGAAUGCAGGGGACCUUCUCAACCAUGCUGACUUUGUGAAGACCUUAUCGCUUGGCAGCCGGCCUACAGCCCCCACAGAAACAAAGGAGAAACCUAGCAGCCGAGUAACCGUAGUUCAAGGCGGACACAAUGUACCCCCUGCGGCAGUGUUGGAGUUGACAACGCGCUCCGAACCCGCCAAACGUACUUCUGACAUCGAGCAGAAGUUGGCCGAUCUGUGGUUUUCUCAGACUCUUUACUUCAUUGAAGCAUACUACCGGAGCGUCGGAUACAUAUUAUACAACCAACUAAGGCUUCAGCAGGGAAAGUUCGAAGAUAUUAAGGCGAAGUCAAUCGGCGACCAGUUGACCAAAUGGAAGACGGCUAACGCAAUUGGGUUGAGAAAGCUAGUGACGGUCUUAGGGGGGAUUGUUGAGGAGGUCAAGAAGGCACAGGGCCCUUGCAUUGUGAGAUCUCUGAUACUCCUUGCCAUGCUUGUCCAAGGAAUUGAAGUCGUUGUUCCAUGA